AUGGCCGCAACCACCAUGUCGCUCUCUUCCCCAGCCUUUGCCGGCAAGGCAGUGAAGAACUUGCCAUCAUCGCCUCUUUUCGGCGAGGCCCGCGUCACCAUGCGCAAGACGGCAGCAAAGGCCAAGCAGGUUGCUUCUGGCAGCCCGUACGGCUCUGACCGUGUGCUCUACCUCGGCCCACUUUCUGGCGAGCCCCCGAGCUACCUCACUGGUGAGUUCCCUGGCGACUACGGCUGGGACACCGCUGGGCUGUCGGCCGACCCCGAGACCUUUGCCAAGAACCAUGAGUUGGAGGUGAUCCACUGCCGCUGGGCCAUGCUUGGCGCACUCGGUUGUGUCUUCCCUGAGCUGCUCGCCCGCAACGGCGUUAAGUUUGGUGAGGCCGUUUGGUUCAAGGCCGGAUCACAGAUCUUCAGCGAGGGCGGCCUCGACUACCUUGGCAACCCAAGCCUCGUGCACGCGCAAAGCAUCCUUGCCAUUUGGGCUUGUCAGGUUGUGCUCAUGGGUGCCGUUGAGGGUUACCGUAUUGCUGGUGGACCACUAGGUGAGAUUGUCGACCCGCUCUACCCCGGCGGUAGCUUUGACCCACUUGGCCUUGCCGACGAUCCUGAAGCAUUCGCCGAGCUCAAGGUUAAGGAGAUCAAGAAUGGUCGCCUCGCCAUGUUCUCCAUGUUCAGUUUCUUUGUGCAAGCCAUCGUCACCGGUAAGGGUCCACUUGAGAACCUCGCUGACCACCUCACCGACCCCGUCAACAAUAAUGCCUGGGCAUUCGCCACCAACUUCGUUCCUGGCAAGUAA